AUGCACUAUCAAACUGUCUUGCAGAGCCUCUUGGAUGACCUGAGUGCCUUCACUGCUUUUAUUUCUGAACUAUUGUAUGAAGAUGACGAUGACGGGACAGAGGAGGAUGAUCUCAGUUUGGACUGGCUAUAUGACUUACUCGGCCUGUCAGACCCUUGCGAUCCAAAUCCGUGUGACAACAAAGGGGUCUGUGAGGUUGAUGGAGGCAGCUUCAAAUGUGUCUGUCCAGAGCCUUACCGUGGGAAGAAAUGCCACAGAGUUAAGAAAGUGUGCAAGCGGCACAGGUGUCUUCAUGGUGAAUGUGUAAUCACCAGCACCCCCCCAUACUAUGCCUGUAUCUGCAGGGUGCCCUAUAAGCCUCCAGACUGCAAAAUAUCCUCUCCUUGUGAUCCUGACCCCUGUUUGAACGGCGGUACCUGUGUCAAGGACACUUCCACCACCAGCUUCCACUGUGAAUGUCCAGCCAAUUUCACAGGGCAGUUCUGUGAAGUCAGUCCUGACGAUUGCUAUGAGGCCAACGGGGAAUCGUAUCGCGGCUUUGUGAGCGAGACUGAGCAGGGCGAUAUCUGCCUCCCCUGGAAUGCCUACUUCAUCAUUGUGAAGGACAACAACCCCCUGCAUGAGUACAGUGGGGACAAUGGCCUUGGAACCCACAACUACUGCAGGAACCCAGACGAAGACUCUCGGCCCUGGUGCUAUGUCAGAGACAAGAACAAACUGAUGUGGGACUAUUGUGAUACCAGGAAAUGUCCUCGGAUGGUGAAUGUGACAGACAAGAAGAUAAUCGUCAAACCUCCUGAGGGAGACUUUUCCACCUGUGGGGAGCAAAGCAGCAUCUCCCCCCGGAUCCUUGGGGGUAGGAAAGCCUUGCCUGGUGCCUACCCUUGGCAGGCCUCAUUCCAGGUUCGGGAGAAGGGCUCCUUUGAGAAGUUCAGCCACGACUGUGGGGGUAUCCUCAUCCGCUCCUGCUGGGUUCUGACUGCUGCCCACUGCAUUGAGGAGCACAAUGACAUGAGGGUUGUGCUGGGGACUUUGAAUAUCAAACGAGAGGAUCCCAACACCCAGGCCUUGAAUGUCGUAGAGGCUAUAAUUCAUGAGAAGUACCGUGAAACCUCCAGUGCCUUAUACAACGACAUUGCUCUGCUGAGACUGCAGGAUGUGCAUGGACACUGUGCCAACGAGACAGACUUUGUAAAGACAGCCUGCCUGCCGGACAGAGCUUUCCCAGAUGGGAUGGGGUGUACCAUCUCAGGCUGGGGAGCCACAGAGAACACCCAUGUCUCCAGCCAGCUCCUUCAUGCCAGAGUGGUUCUAAUCUCCCAGCAGCGCUGCAUGGGGGAGAAUGUUUAUGGGGACGUGUUGGAUGACAGCAUGCUCUGUGCUGGACACAUGAAGGGUGGUGUGGACUCCUGCCAGGGUGACUCUGGCGGGCCCCUGACGUGCGAGCGUGAUGGACGGCACUAUGUGUACGGAGUGGUCAGCUGGGGUGACAGCUGUGGCCUGAGGAACAAGCCGGGCAUCUACGCCCGGGUCACUCACUUCCUCGACUGGAUCAGCUCUAAGUUACCCGCCCUGUAACCUGAGUACGCUGAGUUAGUAAUCACCAUUAAAGUCAGCCAGCUCUUUUCAGCGAUACCAACACAGUCUGCUUUUGCCUGUGCUGUGUACCUCCUGCUGUUAAAUGAGAUUUGUGUUUAUGAGCAGCCUGGUUAGGACUCACUCUGACGCUGUGUUAUCAUGCUACA